CAUUAAUGCCUCGAAAUGCCAGUGAAUAUUUGACUUUCGUAUCGAACGGGAAUAGGCAGGCGGUAAUACAGCAACGCGGUAAAAAACCGGGAGCAGCCACUUGAAGGUUUUUGGUUUCUUUGUUUUUGUGUCUUUCUGGAAGGAAGAGUUUUUGUUGUUACGGAUGUAUGUAUAUUUGUGGUGGUGAUGAUGACGAUGAUGGUGUGAAGAAGGUGUUGUUUAAACAAAAAAAGGAAAAGAAAAUAAAUGAAGUUUCUCUAAAUAGUUUUGUGGCUACAUAAAACAAUUCUUGGUUAAUAUAAACACAAGUAAUAUAAACAUAAACAAAAAGAAAUCGAAACCCAUAGAAGCAAAAUAUUCAAUUAACAUCAGAUGAAGUUGAAAUUGUGACUAGAUCAUUUGUAAGAACUGGACACAGCGGCGGCGGCGACAUCGGUUUAAUGCACUACAGCCAAGCAAUCAAUUGUGCCAUCCAGCCAGCCCAUUAUUUUAUUUUUGUAAAAAACACGACGCCAAUCAGACGUUGGCAUGGAUAAAAUCGCUUUAAAAACUUGGCUAGUAUUCAUCCAUUGUCUGGCACUGAUAUUGACCGGGGCACAUGCCAAUUUACAACAGCAGAGCAGCAGCAGUGGAAGCGAUAAUGAUAUUGUUAAUGGCGGUAGUGUUGGUGGUGCAGCUACCACAUUUAGUGGCUCACCUGAGGAUGGUGAUGAUGGCGACAAUGUGGUAUUGAUAAAUAAGUGCUGUGAAAAGUUCGAAAUACGCAUUGACUCCGUAUGCAGUCAAGUCAACGAAAGUGAAUACUUCCAGCCCAUGUUUACCAGUUAUGGCGGUGAACACAAUAUGCCGGUAAAAUUUAAAUUCGUCAUUGGUUUGCCAGCUUGUGGUUCAAUGCAAACUUGGCCUAUAUAUCAUUAUCAGGGUAGCCCUGAUAAAUUGGUGCUCUUGGAAGAUGGUAAAUUACGGCAUUACACCAAUACAAAAGAAGAAGAGGAGAGUGUCGAUUAUGCCGAACAAUUUGCUGACCAGGUGUCGACGCCAUUAUUUUAUGAUUAUGGACGGAAUCAAUAUUGCAUAGAUAGGGCAAUUUCUACAUCCGGUGAUCACAGACAAGUUUUGUUUGCCAACAUUUGCCUGGCCAAGAAGGAGUUGAAAUGGUCUGAUACAAAUUUUCUAAUGCACAAAGUAUUGAAUCCCAUAUUUCAUGUCAUAUCGUUGAUCAUAUUAUUGAUAAUUGCAAUCGUAUAUUUUAUAUUACCCACCUUAAGAGAUCUCGUUGGCAACAUAGUGACGACCAUUGCCGUCUGUCUAAUGGUCAGUCAGGUGGCAGACCUGGUGCGCAUUUUCACGGAAUUUACAAAUCAUGUCAGUUUCAUUGUGGCUGAUAUUAUAUUGUAUUUCAGUAUCUUGGCUGCCUUCUUUUGGUUAAAUAGUUUCGGUUAUUAUAUUUGGAAAACAUUUCGAUCACGUAAUGUCUUCCUGAGAGUAACGGAUGCCCGUAAAUAUUGUUAUUACUCAGUGUAUGCGUGGGGUACAACGGCAUUUAUGGCUGCCAUGGCGGUAUUUGCCCAUUUCUUUUUGGAUGCCGAUACCUAUAAGAAACAGAAUACAAUAGCCGAUCAAGAGACAAUGGGUUGGCUGGGUAUAGCUAUAUUUUUUGCACCCAUUGCCUGUACCAUACUCAUUGACAUUUUCUUCUAUGUGACAACAUUGAAGUUGAUAAAUCGCCGCAAUGUUUAUGGGAGAAUACAGCAUAAACUUAAGGCCAAUUUCAUAAUGUUUGCCUUUAUGCUGCUGAUUAUGAGUGCCGAAUGGCUAUUCCUUUGCCUGUCAUGGCUUAAAUUCGAAGGACUUUUAUACACACAAAUCAUAGUCAAUGCCUUGCAAGCCCCAUUGCUAUUAUAUGUCUGUGUGCUGAGACAAAAACAUGUUACAUUUCUUCUAAAGAAAUCAUGUUGUUAUAACGAACCUCCAUCCACCAAUGACUGGGGUGAUGAAAUGCGUUACAUGAAUUGUAAUGAUUAUUGAAAAACGAAAACUGAAAAAUAAUCCAUUCCCCGGAAACGUGUACGUUUCUGACAGUGAACUGAUAUUUAAUAUUGUAUUUAUAUGAAAUAUAAUAAUAAUUUUAAAUUUAUAGAUAGUAUUAAACCUCGUAGUCAAUAAGUUAACAAUAAUGCUCAGAGUACAAGCAAAUUCUAUAUAUAUAUUCCAAUAAUAUAUAUGUACUUGGUGCAGUGUAAAUUUUGGUGAAUAGAAAACGAAUAAUCUUUACUAUAUGACUGUUAAUUAAUUAUUUUUUGUUUUUCACCAGCGUAAAUUAUUUUUUCCUUGAGAUAAACUCCUCGAUAACUCACCUAAUUUUAGGCAUUUAAUUUUUUUACAAUAAUCAAACUCUAUGUACAUUGAAUGUAUAUUGAUUAAAUAUUUAUAUAUAUUAAAAAAAAAAAACAAGUCAAAAUAAAGUGUACUUAAUUUUUAAA